AUGUCCUUCAUUCAAUAUUUUUAGAAGGUUAAAGAAUAUAAGAAGCAGGGAUCUCCUAAAUUGCAAUAGAAAAAACACUCAAAUUAAAAUCUGUCUCCUGAUGUCAUUGAAGUUUUUAAUGAAAAUUUCUUCCAGGAAAUUGACAAAAUAGCUGAGUUGGCUUAGACUUACAACUACAUCAGUAUGGAUACUGAAUUUCCUGGAGAUGUUUUUGAAGGAUCUACGCAAUAUCUGCUUGUCAGAGAAAAUGUCAACAAUUUAAAGUUGAUCUAGUUAGGAAUAACAUUGAGUAAUGAAAAAGGAGAGUAUCCAAAGCCAACAUGCACCUGCAAAGAAAAAUGGAAUCAAAGUUCUAUUAGUCUGCUCAUGAAUUCAGGAAUCGAUUUUGAGAAGCUAAAACUAAGAGGUAUCGAGCACGAAACUUUUGCUGAGUACUUUAUAAAAAGCAGCUUGGUUAUGAAUUCUAACAUGCAUUGGUACGGUUUCCAUACUGAUCAUGAUUUUGCUUAUCUAUUCAGGAUCCUAUCAGGAAACUCUAUUCCCCUUUAGAGUUCUCAGUUUUUAUAAGACCUAUCGCUUAUAUUCCCUAACUUCUACGAUAUUAAAGUCAUUGCAGAUCAAGUUCUGGGUGUUUUCAGAGGAAGUUUAUUCAGUCUAAGUGAAAGAUUGGGUGUUUAUAGGGAUGACAAUUGUGAACAUCAAGCAGGCAGUGAUAGUAAGAUAACAGCAAAGUGUUUCUUUUAACUGAAGAAUAUUGGAGAAAGCCUGAUUAGUGGGUGCAAAAGCGAAAUUUUCGGGCUUAAUCAAGGCUUUAAUGAUCAAUUUAGCAAGAUUUAAAAUCAGCUUAAUAAUGGAGUAAAGUUAAGAGAUCAAUUGUUUAAUUAGGAAAUUCCAGAAAAUGACUUUGAUUAAUUCUUGGUGGAUUAAGAAAUCUAUGAUGAAGAUUACGAAAUUGAACAAUAUGAAUCAACCAACUAGAGUUUUUAGAAUUUCUAAGAUUAAUAGAAAGCCUCUCCUAACUAUCUCACAAUGCAUCCAGGUCUUGCUGCCUAACUAGAUAAUUCUUAGAACUUUAUGUAAAUGACUUUAAUUGAUCCUUAUUAACAAGCUCAGGAUUAAAACAUGCUAUUCUAAUAAUAACUAUACAAGUUUCAAAAUGUGAAAGCACUCGAUUAAUUCAAGCCAGGUCAGUCAAAUGGUGUGAAUACUCCUACAACUUAAACCACGCCAUCUCCACCUCUUCACUCAGCAUAGUUUAAUAAUUCGCCUUUAUUUAAUGCUUAAAAUUCUAAUCUAUCUCUAAAACCUACUGGCCAAGAAUUCUACUAUAAUACCUAUCAAUAAUAAGUUUAAUCAAUACCUAUAUAAAAUUAACAACAAAGUAUGUAUCAAUAAAAUAUCAAUUCAAACUUAUAAUAAUUCAAUCAGUAUCUGUCAAUCUAGCAGUAAAUUCAAUAGCAAUAGCUUCCAGCUUCACUAUUCUAAGUAUAUAAGAAUAUGUGA